AAAAGGAGGGCUGGGCUCUGGGCUAGACCGAAACCGUUCCGGAAUUUAAAUCCCAACUUUCUUUAGCAGUCUCGCGCUUGCAAGCCUGAGAGCACUUUCCAGCGGGACAACAGUCCGCCCGUAGUGUCACAGAACCCGGCUUCCCGGUGUCGUCAGAGACCCGACGAAUUCCGGUUCCUGCUCUAGGGUAAAUGCUCACGUGCUAGGGUGUUGGUUCUCUUUGGGCUUCCGUGGGCUCCGGAUGGAGGGGUUGUGCCUCUGGAAAGACCGAGCAGAAUCAGCAGCAGCCUCAUCUCUAUCCAAAGAUCAAAACCCAUGAAACCACUGUUUACUCUGUAUAUUACUGGGAAAACAAAAGAGAAUUUAAAAAACCACUCAGCUACUGUUGCCUGAGAAUGUAGUUCUUCAGUCUGUCAUCAUGGGUAUCCGAGGACUAAUGAGUUUUGUGGAAGAUCAUAGUAAUGAGUUCUUCACUGAUUUGAAGUUGCGGGACACAAAAAUUGUCAUAGAUGGCUACGCUCUUUUCCACCGACUUUGCUUCAAUUCAAACUUGGAGCUCCGUUAUGGAGGAGAUUAUGAUUCUUUUGCAGAUGUUGUACAAAAAUUUUUUGAGUCACUGUUUGCUUGUAAUAUAUGUCCAUAUGUUGUACUAGAUGGAGGAUGUGACAUUUCUGACAAAAAGCUUACAACUUUAAAGGAUCGAGCUAGAGAGAAGAUCCAGAUGGCCCAUUCUCUUUCUGUUGGUGGAGGUGGGUAUGUGUGUCCCUUACUCAUCCGGGAAGUGUUCAUACAGAUUUUGAUCAAACUGCAGGUAUGUUUUGUCCAGUGCUUUUCAGAAGCAGAUCAGGACAUUAUGACACUUGCCAAUCACUGGAAUUGCCCUGUUUUAUCAUCAGAUAGUGACUUCUGCAUUUUUGAUUUGAAAACUGGGUUUUGCCCAUUGAAUAGCUUUCAGUGGAGAAAUAUGAACGCUAUUAAAGGGACAAAAAACUACUAUAUUCCCGCCAAAUGCUUUUCUCUUGAUGCCUUCUGCCAUCACUUCAGCAAUAUGAACAAAGCUCUGGUACCUCUCUUUGCAGUGCUAUGUGGAAAUGAUCAUAUUAAUCUGCCUAUAGUGGAGACAUUCUUAAGUAAAGUAUGCCCUCCUCUUAGAGCUACUAGCUCUAAAGGGAGGAGACAUCACCGAGUUCUGAGACUUCUGAACUGGUUGUCUCAUUUUCCUGACCCUACUGAAGCACUAGAUAAUAUUCUGAAACAUCUGCCAAAAAAGGAUCGAGAAAAUGUUAAGGAACUUCUCUGCUGCUCCAUGGCGGAAUACCAGCAGUCCCAGGUGAAGCUACAAAACUUCUUCCAGGAUGGUACUUUUAUCUGUCAAGUUGCCAUGAAUCUGGGUUUACCAGAAUGGGUGUUGGUAGCUUUGGCCAAAGGUCAGCUAUCUCCAUUCAUAAGCGAUGCUUUGGUACUAAGACGGACCAUUCUUCACACUCAAGUAGAGAACAUGCAGCGACCAAAUGCCCACAGAGUCGCUCAACCUAUCCGGCAGAUCAUUUAUGGGCUUCUUUUGAAUGCUUCGUCACAUCCAGAAAACAUGUCUCCAAAUGCAUUGCCUUCUCAGCCUCUAGCUUUCUGUGAAGUGGAAAGAAUUAAUAAAAAUAUCAAAACAUCCAUUGUUGAUGCAGUAGAACUGCCCAAGGAUUAUACUGACUUGACCAAACUGACCAAGCUCUCCUUGGUUAGGCGGCAGAUGCUUCUGUUAGAAACUCUGAAGGUGAAACAGACUAUUCUGGAGCCAAUCCCACCUUCUUUGAAGUUGCCCAUUGCUGUCAGUUGCUACUGGUUGCAGCACACAGAAACCAAGGCAAAGCUCUAUCAUCUGCAAGCUCUACUGCUGGGGAUGCUGAUGGGGCCUUUGCAUGCCAUGAUCAACAGCUCUGAUAAGGAAGAUCUGCGGGAAGGUGGUGCUAAGAUGUUGUAUGAAGACUUCCAGAGGGAGAAGGAGCCACCACGCCAGGGCCUGAGUUUGGAUUUAGACACGGCUCACAUCUUCUGUCAGUGGCAGUGCUGUCUCCAGAUGGGGAUGUAUCUCAAUCAGCUGCUGUCCACUCCUCUCCCAGAGCCAGACCUAACUCGACUAUAUAAUGGAAGCCUUGUGCAUGGACUAUGCCGACAACUGCUAGCAUCAACUUCUGUAGAAGGCCUCCUGAACACAUGUCCUGAGGCUAAGCAACUUUAUGAAAAUCUGUUUAAUGCCACGAGGUCAUAUGCUCCAGCUGAAUUAUUCCUACCAAAGGGUAAAUCAAAUACAAGGAAAAAAAGACAGAAGAAAAAGGGUACCAGUUGGUCAAAUAACUGUGGGGAAAUCACCUCAGACACUGGGUGCUGGUAUGACGGAAGCAAUCGCUUUGGCCUGUUAAUGGUGGAAAACUUGGGAGGAACACAUUGAGGCCUCCAAGCCUGAAUAAACUGUCUGCAUCAAACUAGAUAUAUAAUUCUAAUAAAUUCUAAUAAAUUUUUUUCGAAUAA